CAAUGACGCACGCGUGCGGAGUUUUUCACGGCGAAAACUGAAAGGGCGGCCGCGUGGGGAGCAGCCCCAGAGAAGGGGCCAGAACUACUUAUACGCGGCCGCCCCGGCCCAACUCACACUCCAGUUUGCUCAACUCGCUAAGCCCGCUCGUUGGUUAGCCCCUUGAUAGUUUUUCGACAGACGUGGUCAGUCUCCAACGUGGUCGAAAUUUUUUUCUUGACGGAUUUCUCCAACGCGUCGUCAGCAGUGAAACAUUGUCGUGCUUCAGGCUGAUUGAAAAUUUAGCGAGUCUUAUCGCCUAUUGAAGUCUCCGAGUUUCGAAGGACAAGAAGAAGAAAUGGCAGCAGUGGCAGCGGCUCAGAAGAACCGGGAGAUGUUCGCUAUCAAGAAGUCUUAUAGCAUCGAGAACGGUUACCCAGCUAGACGCCGUUCCCUCGUUGAUGAUGCCAGAUUCGAAACUUUGGUGGUGAAGCAAACUAAGCAAACUGUACUGGAUGAGGCUCGUCAGAGAGCCAAUGACUCUAGUGUAGAACCGGAAAUAUUGGACGACAAACCCACUCAAAAACCAGAACAACUAAAUGGUAACGAUGAUGAUGUUGGUCUUACAGAAGAAGAAGUCGUCCUUGCUAACGCAAUUGCGGAAGACCCAGAAGCCGAGAAAGCCACCCAACGAGCAGUUCUGAUCUUGCGCCUGCGCGAAGGCAUGAACUCCCUUUCCAGAGUCCUCAAAACAGUUGAAAAGUACCAAGGCCUCGUCCUCCACUUGGAAACCCGCUCUAACAAGAAGGAAAACAGCCAACUCGAUGCCCUCGUCAAGGUAGAGUUGUCACGUGUGAACCUGCUGCAACUCCUCAAAGGCCUGCGCCAAUCUGGUACUCUGGAACACGUGACCCUCAUCGGAGAGGACAAUAUCUCAGCUAAGAACCCAUGGUUUCCCAGACACGCUAGUGAACUAGACAACUGCAACCAUCUGAUGACGAAGUACGAGCCUGAUUUGGACAUGAAUCAUCCUGGAUUCUCUGACAAGGAAUACCGUGCCAGGCGUAAACAGAUAGCUGAAAUUGCUUUUGCUUAUAAAUUUGGUGACCCAGUUCCUUAUAUAGAAUACACUGAAACCGAGAACAAAACAUGGAACGCAGUCUUCACAAUGGUCUGCGAUCUGAUGCCAAAACACGCUUGCUUGGAGUACCGCAAGGUAUUCCGUACGCUCCAAGAAGAGGGUAUCUUCACCCCCGCUAAAGUACCACAGCUCGAAGACAUGUCCAACUUCAUGAAGAAGCAGACUGGGUUCACCCUCAGACCCGCUGCUGGCCUCUUGACUGCCAGAGACUUUUUGGCUUCCCUCGCUUUCAGAAUUUUCCAGAGCACCCAGUACGUGCGUCACACCAAGACUCCAUUCCACACUCCUGAACCAGAUUGCAUUCACGAAAUUCUAGGACAUAUGCCACUUCUUGCCGAUCCCAGUUUUGCACAAUUUUCACAAGAAAUAGGACUAGCGUCUCUUGGAGCAUCUGACCAGGAAAUCGAGAAAUUAUCCACUAUCUACUGGUUCACUGUCGAGUUCGGACUGUGCAAGGAAAACGGCGAAACCAAAGCCUACGGCGCAGGUCUCCUCAGUGCCUACGGCGAACUGCUUCACGCCCUUUCCGACAAGCCCGAGCACAGGCCCUUCGACCCAGCGAAAACCGCCCUCCAGCCCUACCAAGACCAGGAGUACCAGCCCGUCUACUACGUGGCGGACAGCAUCGACGACAUGAAGGACAAGUUCAGGAGAUGGGUCUCGCAGAUGUCCAGGCCCUUUGAAGUCAGGUUCAACCCCCACACGGGGAGGGUAGAGGUUCUGGACUCUGUGGAGAAGCUGGAGUCUCUGGUCCACCAGUUGAACACGGAAGUGAUGCACCUAGGCAACGCAAUCAAUAAAAUGAAGACCAGUGACCUGUGAGGGUUUGAAGGGAUGCUGCGGGGUGGGCUAUGUGACUGGGGUCUGCUCUUCGCGAUUCCUUG